CCGGGGCCGGAGCCGGCGCUGGCGCCGGGAGACACUCGCAGCGGAAGCGGCGGCGGCUCCACACGUGUCCGGCUGCGGGGACCGGGGUCCCGAGCACAGCCGCGUCUCAGCAGGCCCCGCGUCACGUGGGAGUGCCCUGGCGACCCAGGACACCGCAGCACUCCCGGGCAAGAUGCGAGCCACCCCUCUGGCUGCUCCCGUGGCUGCCCCCCUCAGGAGGAAGAGGUUGGACUUGGACAAUGACCUAGGCAUGGAGCAUCCCACCCAGAAACAGGCGCGAAUCGGGCCCCAGCCCAGGCUGCCCCCCUGCGCGCUGCCCCUGAGCCCACUUCCUGCUACGGCCCACACCUCUGCUGGCACCACUGCCUCGCGCCUCGGUCCCUAUGUCCUCCUGGAGCCUGGGGAGGGUGGCCGAGCCUACUGGGCCCUGCACUGCCCCUCAGGCGCCGAGUACACCUGCAAGGUGUACCCGGUGCGCGAGGCCCAGGCAGUGCUGGAGCCCUAUUCACGGCUGCCCCCGCGGGGACACGUGGCACGGCCCGCUGACAUCGUGGCGGGCCCCCGCCACCUCUACACCUUUUUCCCGCGGCCCCACGGGGACAUGCACAGCCUGGUGCGCCGCCGCCGCCGCCUCCCUGAGCCCGAAGCCGCGGCGCUCUUCCGCCAGAUGGCCGCCGCCCUGGCCCACUGUCACCAGCACGGCCUCGUCCUGCGCGACCUCAAGCUGCGGCGCUUCGUCUUCGCCAACGAGGAGAGGACAAAGCUGGUGCUGGAGGACCUGGAGGACGCCUGUGUGCUGAACGGCCCCGAUGACUCCCUGUGGGACAAGCAUGCGUGCCCCGCCUACGUGGGACCUGAGAUCCUCAGCUCCCGGGCGGCGUACUCGGGCAAGGCGGCCGACGUGUGGAGCCUGGGCGUGGCGCUCUUCACCAUGCUGGCCGGCCACUACCCCUUCCAAGACUCAGAGCCUGUCCUGCUUUUUGGCAAGAUCCGCCGCGGUGCCUUUGCCCUGCCUGAGGGCCUCUCGGCCCCUGCUCGCUGCCUGGUCCGCUGUCUCCUUCGACGGGAGCCGGCCGAUCGGCUCACGGCCACGGGCAUCCUGCUGCAUCCUUGGCUGCGCGAGAUCCCGAGCCCCUCCGCUCCACCCCGAGCCCACCUCUGGGAGGCUGAUCAGGUGGUCCCCGACGGGCCGGGGCUGGAGGAGGCUGAGGAAGAGGAGGGGGCCAGAGAAGCUGGUCUGUACGGCUAGGCAGCCCUUAGACGCGCCGCUGCAACGGUGGCUUGAGUUUGGGGUAUCUCUGAGCUCUCUCCUGCCUUUUUUUUUUUUUUUUGCACUGAGCCAAACCUUAGUGCCUUCUAGAAGGGAAAGAGGGGGCAUGCGUGGAGUGUGCUGGAUGCAUGCCUGUGUGGUUGCACACACCUGGGCACACAGGCUUGUGCAUUUGACAGAUCCUUCCUGGGAGCUCACUGCGGGCCACGCAGCAUCCACUCGUGCCAGGGGCCAGGACUUCUGGCCUGGGACCGUCCCUCUCACAGAUCCCGGUGCCAAAGGCUGCUGGCCUCUCUCUCUUGCAGCUCAGGACUCCGGAGCCCAGGCCAUGCUGGGAACUGUGCUCCCAGCAGCUCUCUCCUCUGUCCAGGCCCAAGCCAAGGACUGGGCUGGAGGGCCUCCGGUCCAACUUUGAGGCUGGUCCUCACCUCAUUCAAGGAGUGGUUUGGGGUGAGGGCCCACGCCCGUCCCCCUCUGGCCUGAGCACCAGAGUUGGAGGGUGGAGGAGGCAGGGUCUUCUCCCCCCUUGAUCCCCCAGGAACGUCCCAACCCCUGUUCUGGGUUUUGGAUCAAUACCAUGGGUUUUGGAUGCCCUAAGAAUCCAUUUUUACCUUGUGCCUAAUAAAGGAGUUAUGAGAUACUUUAA